AUGGAGGACGAUCGUGAUAUUUUGGCGAUGCUCAAUGGAACAAAUGAAACGGUUCCCUCCGCGUUCGCUGAGCCCGACUCUUUGAACCUGAUCGUACCGCUGACAGUUGUUUACGCGACAAUAUUCGUGGCUGGCAUACUCGGGAACCUAAGCACCUGUUUCGUAAUCGCGCGCAAUCGAUCGAUGCACACUGCAACGAACUUCUACUUGUUCAGCUUGGCUGUUUCGGACCUGAUCCUUCUAGUUUGUGGAUUACCGAUCGAAGCGUAUCGAUUGUGGAACCCAUUUAUGUAUCCAUUGGGCGAGGUGUUUUGCAUAACGCUCGGACUGGCUUCGGAGACGUCGGCAAACGCAACUGUAUUGACAAUAACAGCGUUCACAGUGGAAAGGUACAUCGCGAUAUGUCGGCCUUUCAUGUCUCACACGAUGUCGAAGCUGUCGAGGGCAGUGCGGUUCAUAAUAGCCAUAUGGAUAUGCGCGUUAUGCACGGCUGUGCCGCAAGCGAUGCAAUUCGGCAUCGUGACUUACACGGAGAACGGUCAGAGCAUGAGCGCUUGCACAGUUAAAGGUCACGGUGUGCAUCAAGUGUUCGUCAUAUCCAGUUUUGUGUUCUUCGUUGCGCCGAUGUCAGUGAUCACAGUGUUAUAUGUGUUUAUUGGAGUUAAGUUACGCACCUCACGUGUUCUACAUCCAACGAAGAAGAUAGGCUCUAACGGCACUGAAAAAUUUAGUGCCAACAUACGAUACCGUCACGGUACGUCGCAAAGGCGGGUUAUAAGGAUGUUGGUUGCUGUGGCAUUAUCUUUCUUCAUAUGUUGGGCACCUUUCCACGUUCAGCGAUUACUGGCCAUCUAUGGAAAAAGCAUGGAUCAUCCCACGGACACGUUUUUUAUGGUAUAUUUAGUUUUGACUUAUUUGUCCGGUGUCCUGUACUUUCUGUCGACUGCGAUAAAUCCCAUCCUGUACAAUAUAAUGUCCAACAAAUUUAGGAACGCUUUUAAGAUGACAUUGUCUUCGUGGUGCGGACGCAGGAACAGACCAAUGGGGCGAAUGUAUAGCGCUCUGUUGGCGUCUCAACGUCAGAGGGCACUGGCUGAUGCUGCGGACAGAGCCUCCAGCCGUCGCUUGCGCCGACACUCCACCGCCGUAACCCAGAUUUGCGACGUGCCACCGAGAGUGCAGUGUUACAGCGGCCGGGAGCUAGCUGUAGUGAACGAGUUACCGAGCGGUAACGGGCAUUGUAGACAUUGGCGUCUGAGACUCGCGGUCGACGAGCCCUCAGACUCGAUCGGGUCACCGCGCAGCAUAUCCAACUCCAGCCUCCGUGAGGUCGACGAGGAGCUUACAGGAGAGGAGCUCGCCACCUUUAUGUACCAAGUGAAUUGCCACAUAGGCGGGCUCACC